AAAAACACCUCCAAUUCCCACAAUGCGUUGUUCAUGGCUUUCAUUCAUGCUUCUCCUCCUCUUUAUGUUCUCCUUCAAUGGCGUCUCCGGUGGCAGACACCGGAAACAACACCACUCUGCCGCCAUUGUUGUCGGAACUGUCUACUGUGACACCUGCUUCCGGCAAGAACUCUCCAAAUCCACCCACUUCAUUUCAGGGGCCACGGUGGCGGUGGAAUGCGGCGGCGAUGGGUUAAAAAGUUUCCGGCAAGAAGUGAAGACGAAUGAGAAAGGUGAGUUUGAAGCCAAACUACCAGUUUCCGUCGGAAAACAUGUCGAUAGAAUCAAGAAGUGUUCGAUUAAACUGGUUAGUAGCAGCGAGCCGUACUGUGCAGUGGCGGCCACCGCCACCUCGUCGGAGAUUCGAUUCAAGUCCAAGAAGGCCGGGAAACAUGUUUUCUCAGCUGGGUUUUUUACGUUCAAGCCGGAAUUGUGUAGUCAGAAAGAUGUCAUCGGUAAAGGGUUUCCACCGGCGCUUCCUGAUCCGGCAACACCGUUCUUGCCGCCGAUCGGUGAAGGGAUUCUACCUCCUCUUCCGGUGCCGGACUUGCCAGUUCCGCCGCUAGUUCCUCCGGUACCACGGAUCCCCGGAAUUCCAAUUCCACCCGUUACCCGCCAAAAACCAUCGGAAUCUGAUAACUUUUCCGAUCAAAAGACGUUUGGGUUUCCAUUUCCUCCAAACCCAUUCCAACCGCCGACGCUGCCACCAUUGCCAUUCGUGCCAUCGCCACCAUCACUGUUUCCACCGCUCCCAUUCCAGCCAUCACCACCGUCGUUGAUUCCGCCUCUCAUUCCAUCACCACCUCCGGCAUCACUGUUUCCACCAUUAAUCCCCUUUCCACCUCUACCAGGUGUGAUUCCAUCACCACCACCGCCACCACCGCCGGCAUUUCCGAUUCCUCUCCCCCCACUACCUCCGGUACCGAGAAUCCCAAUCCCACCGGCGUCUAAUCAUCCUUAGAUUAAAAAACAACAACAAACUUUUCCAUAAAAAUCUUUUUAAUAAAAACAUUUUGAUAAAAUGAAUUCUAUACUUGUACAAGUCCAACAUCAUUUAUUUUUUUUAUCAAAUAAUACGUUAAAAAGAUUUUUAUGGAUAAAUUUAAAAUUAUGUAACGUUAUUAUUGUAUAUUCCAUAGUAAUAAUUUUUUGUAUAACGUUGUCAUAUAUUACUGUAUUUUUUUUGGAUGAUUUUGGGUAUUCUGAACCAGAUUAUACGGAUCGACUGAUCUCCAGAUGAUCAUAAAUCAAUAGGAAUAAGUGGUAUUAUGUUGUUGUAUGAAUAAAUUUGAUAAUGUAAGAGGGUUGGGAAGUUUAUUUAUAUUAAGAGUUUAUGAAUUUUGGAUUUUGUAUUUAUUAGAAGGGUAAUUGUGCAAUGCAACGAGAUAUAUAUUUCGAUUUCA